AUGAUAUUAGCAUGUAUUAUCUUCAUGCUAUUGAGUCAGUCAGCUGUCACUCAAAACAUCCCUCUAAAACUCUGUCCAAGAACAGACCCCAAAGAUCUCAAACCGGAAGUUUUUGAAUCUUCAGAAUCAGCCGGACUUUCAACCUGUUUAAAUCAACGUGAAGAACUGGCUAGUUUUAUGCAUCAGGGUAUGAUAUUCCAUUAUGAAUAUAAACAAAAAGUCACAAUAUCAUGUCCGAUUUGUGCCAGUGAUGAUAGCAAAUUAUUCCGAUGGUUUUUCAUUCCUCGCAGUGAAGCUGCACUUCUGGAAGAUAACAGGGGGCAAGCAGAACUAGUGCGUCACUUUGAAAAAGAAAUUUUUGAAGACAUGUUCACUGGAACGGAUAUUCCAUGUCUUGUGAAUAAAACUUUGGACCUUUAUAUUCCAAAAUUUAAUCCAAAUGUGCAUUUGGGAACUUACAUUUGUAGACAUAUUCUCGAUAGAACUCACGCCUCAAAUAGAAUAUGGUAUCAUGUAGAUGUUAUGCAACCACCUCACUUGUUUGCUGAUCCUCUCAAGAAACUUCCAUCGAGUUUUAAGACUGUUCUCAGUGUAAAAUCUGCAAAUGACGUUAACUCAAUAAUCUCAGAAGCAGGAAAAUAUUUAAGGGACUCCAAAGAUUUUAAAAACUAUAAUUCAACAGCAAUCGAUAUCACCUCAAAAGUUAUUCCCAUCACGAAUCCAGAUCAAAGCUGUGGAGAAUUUACUUUGACUCAAUAUAGACGAUGUUACGUAGUUAUUCCGCGUUCCAUAGCUCCAGAAGUUCGUAAAACCCUCCCCCCGGCAAUUGCAUUGACUUAUGAUUUACUCGUCACAAUAUUUAAGUCAUAUUACACUUGGUCGGAGGCUGAAGAUGCAAGUGUUUUGAAGACUCAACGAAAAGCUGCGGAAAGCUUGGCUUCUGAGCUGGGAUUUGAUCUGUACUAUGAUGGCAAACCAGAGACAAAGGAGAGUGACUUGCCUGAGGAGAGAAUUCCAGAGGAUGAAGAAAUUUCCCUACCUCAAAAUCAGCACCUUUAUAUUCCCUGCCAUUAUACGUACUUUAGACACUUUAGUUCAGAAGGUAUUAUACCUCGCCCAUACUUGCUGAGAAACUUGUACGUGAAUAUGUCCUUUAAGCAACCCUGCCCGGAAGUUAACUACAUGGACAUCAUCAAUUUGGCCUUAUCAACUAAGGACACGAAGACAUUGAAGCAGGAACUGCUUGGGUAUGAGGAGAAGAGAUAUAUGAAAGUGGAAAAGGUCGCAAUAGAUCAGACGGAAAAUUAUGAAAUCGUAUGUGGAGGUGAUGGCGAAACUUCUAUUAACAAUUGUACAGAUCCAGCGAAUAUGACGAUUAUGUGGAAGAAUGGAGACGGCAAGCGAAUCAUUUGCUUGGGAAAGUGUCUUAAAAGUGUGACCUUUCAACCACAAUCGGAGAUUGGCGAGCGUGUAUUCGUAGACUCGGACUGCAAACUUGUGUUCAGCAGAGUCAAAACAAUCGACGAGGGUAUAUACCUAUGUUACAAACGCCAUCAAAAGGUGCCCAAUCAAUGGCAGGCUGGAGCGUUUGCCUCCUAUCGUCUGAAGAUAGAAGCAAGCUCAAUAAAAUUCCCCUCUUCAACGCAGGUUUGCCUUGGUCUUAUUAUCAUCACAAUCUGGGCUCUCGUUCUCAUUUUGGUGUGGAUUUUGCUAUCAUUCUGGACAUUUGAAGUUAAUCGAUAUGCCUUAGUGGAGGCUAGUGAACGCAUACGUCGCAAGGAACGCGAAAUGAAGAUGGCGGAGAGAAAGAAUCUCCUUGCAAACCUGUGA